AUGGCACCGCUAUCUCUGAAGAUAGUCCUGGACGAGGGAGCAGUCACCAGAACCUUGAUGUUCGACACAACGACCAAGGUCUGGGACGCUCAUCGCAUCGUUAAAGAGAAAAUUCUCACUUUAGACCCUGAUAAAGAUUACGGCUUCUUCCUUACAUCAGCUGACGAUGACAAUUCUGGCGUAUGGUUAAGCAAUGAUAAAACGUUGGAAUACUAUAUGCUUAGAGAUGGAGACUCAGUGCAAUAUCUCACUAAAAUACGAAAUAUUAGACUGCGAAUGUUAGAUGGAAGUGUAAAAACUCUUCAAGUGGACGAAUCCAAGAUAAUUGAACAGCUACUUGGAUACAUUUGCGGCAAAAUCGGAAUUACCAAUUACGAAGAGUAUGGCUUAUGUCGCGAAGAAGAAACACAAUCUGUGGAGGAGACGAAAUCAAACACCGGUACCUUGACUUUGAAAAGGAAGAUAAAAAAUAAAGAUAAGGAUGUCCAGCUCGAACAAUUAAGUAAGAAACUGAAAACUGAUGACAAUGUGGAAUGGCUCGACCAGCAUAAAACAUUGCGAGAGUGUGGAGUUGACACAAAAGAGACGUUACUAUUCAAACGCCGUCUGUACUAUUCAGACCGCAACGUAGAUUCUCGGGAUCCAGUACAACUGAACUUGCUUUACGUUCAAACUAGAGACGCUAUUUUGAAUGGGAAACAAGUUGUUACAGAAGAUAAAGCGGCUGAAUUCGCGGGGAUUCAAUGUCAAAUACAGUAUGGGGAUUUUAUAGAAGAGAAACACAAGCCUGGAUUUAUAGAAAAUUUAAAAGAAUUCCUGCCGGAGCAAUACUCAAGCUCUUGGUCUGUUGAAAAAAAAAUUAUAAAAGAACACCGAAAACAUAAUGGGUUAAGCCAGAUCGAGGCGAAGCACCUUUAUACCAAAACAGCAAGAGAACUACCGACUUAUGGAGUGACAUUCUUCUUGGUUAAGGAAAAACAAAAAGGAAAGAAGAAGCUAGUACCAAGAUUGUUAGGAAUCAACUCAGAAUCAAUCUUGCGUCUCGAUGAGGAAACUAAAGAGAUCCUGCAAGUGUGGCUUCUAACUCAAGUGAAAUCGUAUCGAGCUGGUAGUGAAUCCUUCACUUUGAAUUUUGGUGACUACAGCGAAAAGGAAUAUGCGGUGAAGACUAAUGACGCUUAUCGUAUCAGAGACAUCUUGCAAGGCUACAUUGAUAUUAUCCGCAAACGCUUAGCUGCACCCUACAACGUGUCUUUUACUGAAGGAGAAGCUAUUUUCGAAGAUAUGGUGGAAUCGUCGCGAGGUACAAUAACGCAAACCGUGGUCCCUCGUAAGGUGCAAGAGCAUUCACUUGUGGGACCGAAUGAGAUAAUAUCAGUAGACCAAGGUCAUCAGUCUCAACAAGGUACUAGAAUCGUGACUGUCCAUGAGAUAAUUACAACAACCAGAUCAGAUAGGACGCAACAAGCAAUGCGUGGUGAAUUUAGGAACAGCAACUCACCUCAUGAAUUUGGCAAGAAGUUAAACCAUCUUAACUCAGAGGCAGUAAAGGCCGUAGUUUUGCUCUCAGAUCCUACCAACGAAAAUAUUCAAGCAGUUAGAAGGAUUGUUGCUUGUUUUGAAGAUGAUCUUCCCGGUAUUAUUAAAGGUGCUAAUGAAGCUGCUGCAGGAUUAAAAGAAGAAGAAUCAAAGAAACUUCUAGAUGAGCUGGACGAGUUAUGUGCCUUCAUGAAUACAUUAGCCGCGACCACUAAAAGAAGUGACCUGCAUGAUCCGGAUAAUCUGAUGACAGCUCAAGAUGCUGCCAGAAAGAUCGCCGAACUUUCUACUCAAAUGUGCUUCUCUCUGGACCCGAAAAUUAAAAGAUGUAGUAAAAUCUUAUCCCGAUCCCGGAAGAGCUUUAUCUUGGAUGAUAAAACAGAAGCUUCUCUCAGACGAGCUUCCUUCCUGAACGCAACUGACAAUGCGUGUCGGGCAGUGGAAGAGGCGCAAAAUGAUUUAGAGGAAGAGUAUCACGGACCUCGUCUUACUGAAGAUCAAAUAAGAGAUUUAGAAAGGAAAACUACUGCUAGAAUGGGGAAGUUAAAUGCAGCCAUCGCUUUACUUAUGAACGCUCAUGCUGAUCCAAGAAACAUUGAUUAUGAAAUGGCUGUAAAUUCAAUGAAAACAAUUAAUGAAAUAAUGCCGGGUUUGAUCAAAGAUGCUAAACCACUUAUUGCGAAUGGAGACGAAGAUACUAAAAGGAAGCUUAGAGACCAAAUAAUUCAACUGCUCAAUGGUACUCGGGCUAUGUGCAUGCUUACUGGAUCUGAUGAUAUUAGCAAAUUGCAAAAUACCGGAAAUGAUUACGCUGAUAUAUCUAAAAAGCUUAUAUUCACAUUUAACCGCCCAAAUCGUGCGAACCCUGAAGGUGUUGCCAUGCACGAUAAGGAAAAUGAGAUUGUGCAGUUGGCCAAAGAUGUUGGAGAGAAAGUAUCAUCUCUUCUGACUCUAACCAACGAACUCGCUAAUUACGAUCCUGAUGAUCCUCAAACAAUUGAUUUGGACACCGCAGGUGCCAAAUGUGCUGACGCCACCCAAGGACUUUUAGCUUGUACCAAACUUACAGCACCCUUGAUCGAAGAACCUCAUUGCCAGAGUGCACUGACAGCAGCCGCAGAGAACCUUUCAUCAUCAGUUCAAAAUGUAGCAUUGGUUUGCAAACCUUUAGUAGAGAAACCUGGUAGACUAGGACUAGCUAAACAAUUAGCUGAUAAGUCAUUCGAUCUUGCAAAAGCUUUAGAUAAAUUGAAGAGUUCUUACGGCCACUUGAAUAAUGAUAUGCAAACUGUUGAAGAAGAUGAUACAGACAUGCAAGAACAAAAACGUCUCCAAUUCAUAAUCAGCCCCAAAGUGGCAAAAGACUCUUUAACGGAUGCCCAUAAUCAAUUACAAAAACUAAUUAAAAUGCCAAACAUAAUGGAUCCAACAAAUGAUAAGAAAUUGAAAAACUUAGACGCUCAGCGAUUGUUAUCUCAAAAAAUGGCAGAAUUGAAUGCUGCCAUUGCAUCUUUGUUGCAAUCUACGGCUGAUCCAGAAAAUCCUGAUACUGAUUCAGCUAUAGCUGCUAUUGAAGCAAUUACUAAAUUGACACCGAAUAUAAUUAAUGACACAAAAGAUUUACAUGGGACUGUAAAUGAAAACGAAUGGAAUAAUAUAAUGAAAAAUCUCAAAGACAUGCUCGAAGCAACGCAAGAUAUUUGUGCAAAAGCUGAAGAUGGCAAUGUUGAAGAACUGAACGAAUCUGCAUCUAAAAUGGCGAAAUCUUCUGGUAGAUUAACAUUUGUAUUCAAUCCUCGCAGAAAUUCAAGGAAAAAAGAUGAGAUUUUAGAUUUAUCAAAAUUAGCCGUUGGAAAGGCUUCAGAGUUACAACCUAAAUUAGAGUCUCUUGCCCAAAAUAUUGAUGUAGAAGAAGGUAAUUUGUUGAAAUCCACUGGUGCUAAGAUGAUAGAUGAUGCAGAGCGUCUUUUGAAAACUGCUGAGGUAAUAGCACCAAGUAUUGAUGACUCCAGAUGUCAAGCUGCGUUAUUAUCUGCCAUAGAUCGUCUUUCAGAACGUGCUCGGCAAUUACAUAACUUGUUGGAACUUUCAUCUUCUCAGCAUGGCCAUCCUGGAGAAGAUAUCAAACAUGACUUGAAGCAAAUACAAUCAACUCUUGAUAAAUUGCAAGGAGCUGUACAGUAUAACAGUGAAAAUGGAAAUGAUAGUCAUCAUGGAACACACGAUGACGUAAAACAACGGCUUCAGUUCAUUGCUGCACUGUCUAGAGCUAAGAAUGCUGUGAUUGAUGCAGAUAACGAAUUAAAGGACGUUAAUAAUAAACCAUUCGUUAAGUCGAAACAAAUUGAGAAGCUUAAUUUACCAGCCACUAGGAACUUACUGGCAGAGAAGUUGGCACGACUCAAUGCUGCAAUAGCAAAUCUCUUACAAGCAACUUCAGAUAAUGAAAGACCCGAUUUGGAGGCAGCUGCAGCGGCUAUAAAUACUAUCUCUAGUGUUACUCCAGAUGUUAUAAAAGACGUCAAGACUCUACAAGGUUCUGUCGACGAUAAAUCAUGGGCUGAGAUUAUGGAACACCUCCAAACUAUAUUAGAUGCCACCAAUGAUAUGUGUUCCAAUGGUGAAGAUCCACAGAAUACAGGUGACGCGUCAAUUAGGCUGGCUAAUUCUGUUGGACGCCUAACAUAUGUAAUAAACCCACGUAAAAACGCUGACAGGGAAAAUCAGAUUUUGGAUUUCUCAAAGAGUGCUGUGGAGCAAACGUCAGCAAUGUUAUCUAAUGUUUACCAACUCAUAGAAGAUGUUGGUGGAGAUGAUGGAGAGAAAUUGGACAAAGCUGGAGUCAAAGUCGUGGACUCGGCACAAAUGCUGCUAAAAACAGCUGAAAUAACUGCACCUAGUAUGCAAGACGACCUUUGUCAGGUAGCAUUACUGUCCGCAAUAGAUCGUCUUUCUGAUCGAGCGAGGAAUUUGCAAAAUGCUUGGAAACCUCUAUCCGCGUCUCCAAAGUAUCACCAAACUGGAGAACAUCUUGACCAAAACUUAAAAGAAGUUGAAUUCACUUUAGAUAAGUUAAGAGAAGCCUGUAAAGAUGUCGGAGGACAAGAAAAUGAAAGUCACCAAAGAACACAAGAACAGGAGAAACAACGACUUCAUUUCAAUGCUACACUGGCUAGAGCUAAGAAUGCUGUGAUCGAUGUCGAUAAGGAAUUAAAGGACUUUAUUAAUAAACCGUUCGAUAAGUCUAAACAAUUUGAGAAACAUAAUGUACCAGCCACCAGGAACUUACUGGCAGAGAGGUUGGCACGACUCAAUGCUGCAAUAGCAAAUCUGUUGCAAGCAACUUCAGAUAAUGAAAGACCCGAUUUAGAAGUAGCUGCAGCGGCUAUGGAGACUAUCUCCAGUGUUACUCCAGAUGUUAUAAAAGAUGUUAAGGCUCUACAAGGUUCUGUUGACGAUAAAUCAUGGGCAGAGAUUAUGGAAAAUUUGAAAUCUAUACUUGAUGCAACCAAAGAUAUGUGUUCCAGUAGUGAAGAUCCUCAGGCUAUCACUGAUUCGUCAAUGAAGCUUGCGAACUCUGUUGGACGCCUUACAUACGUGAUCAACCCACGAAAAAGCGUAGAAAAGGAAAAUCAGAUUUUGGAUUUAUCAAAGAGUGCUGUGGAGCAAACGUCAGGAAUGCUAUCUAACGUAUACCAACUGAUAGAAGAAGUUGGAGGAGUCGAGGGAAAUAAAUUAGACGAAGCUGGAGUCAAAGUCGUGGACUCGGCCCAAGUACUUUUGAAAACAGCUGAGAUAACUGCGCCUAGUAUGGAAAACAGUCUUUGUCAGGCGGCGUUACUGUCAGCAAUAGACCGUCUUUCUGAUCGAGCGAGGGAUUUGCAGAGUGCUUGGAAGCCUAUAGCCACAUCCCCAAAAUAUCAUCAAACUGGGGAACAUCUAGACCAAGAUUUAAAAGAAGUUCAGUCUACCUUAGAUAAGUUAAGAGAAGCUUGCCGGGCAGUAGUUGAAGAUAAGCCUGUGAAAGAAAGUGACGAACAGAAAAAACAACGACUCCAGUUCGUCAGAACAUUAUCGGACGCUAAGAGCGUAAUAAUUGAGGCAGACAAUGAAUUAAAAAAUGCUGCUUAUACUACGUCGAACGUAAAGUCAUUAAAGGACAAAAACAAUGCUCCUGCGUUAAAAAGUCUUCUAUCUCAGCGACUGGCAGAAUUGAAUGCUGCUAUAGCUAGCUUAAUACAAGCAACAUCAGAUCGUGAUAAGCCGAAUUAUGGAGAAGCUGCAGCAUCCAUAAACACUAUCUCUAACUUGACUCCAGCCAUCGUUAAAGAUGCAAAGGAUCUUCGAGAUUGUGUAGAUGAUAAGUCAUGGAAGGUCAUAAUGGAUAAUCUUAAAUCCCUUAUCGAUUCAACAAGUGAUAUUUGUGCCAAUAUUGAAAAUCCACAGGAGUUAUCAAAUUCAGCGACGAAAUUUGCGAACUCCGCUGGGCGUCUCACGUAUGUUUUUAAUCCACGAAAGAACGCAAAAAAGGAAAAUCAGAUCAUAAAUUUAGCAAAGAGCGCAGUAGAGGACACUUCUAUUCUAUUAUCGAACGUAUAUCAACUGACAGAGGCUAUUGGUGGAAAAGAUGGGGAGAAAUUAGACACAGCUGGAGUCAAAGUUGUUGAUUCUGCAAAAACUUUGCUUAAAACUGCUGAGGUUACUGCAUCGAGUGUAGAAGACCCCCGUUGCCAACAAACACUUUUACGAGCGAUCGACCAUCUUUCCGAUCGUGCUCGUGAUUUACAGACUACAUGGGACUCCUUAACUGAAUCUCCUGAGCAUCAAAAUGUUAGAAGACAACUCAGUAAUAAUUUGAAGCAAGUUCAAUCAACUCUCGAAAAAUUGAGACAGGCGUGUCAAGAAAAGGACUUAGAGGCCGAUGAACAAGAAAAACAACAUCUUCAACUUAUUGCUAAUUUAUCCGAUGCUAAGAGCGCUGUAAAAGAUGCACAAGACGAUUUGAAAAAAAAUAACAUUCCACCGGCUACCAAAGCAAUGGAUAAGAGUAAUGUUCCGGCUGAGAAAAUGCUAUUAUCUAAGAAGUUAGCUCAAUUAAAUGCUGCAAUAGCCGAUCUGCUACAGGCUACUUCAGAUACUGUUAGACCAGACUACAAAGCGGCCGCAAAAGCAAUCAAUAACAUUUCUAGUCUCACUCCACAAAUAGUCAAAGAUACCAAGAACCUACAUGGUGCUGUGGAAGAUAAAUCUUGGAAGACUUUAAUGGACAAUCUAAAAACUCUGCUCGAUUCGACCAAUGAUGUCUGUAACAAUGUCGAAGAUCCUCAGGCUUUAAAGGACUCUGCAUCGAAAUUUGCAAACGCUGCUGGACGUCUUACUUAUGUCUUCAAUCCUCAUAGCAACGUAAAAAAAGAGAAUCAGAUUCAAGAUCUAUCGAGAUGUGCUGUAGAGCAGACAUCUCUACUUCUGUCCAACGUGUACAACUUGACAGAGAAAGUGGGCGGAGAAGAAGCAGAGAAAUUAGAUCAAGCUGGCGUUAGAGUGGUUGAUUCCGCGCAAACUCUCCUAAGAACUGCUGAGAUAACUUCACCGAGUAUAAGUGAUGUGCAUUGUCAAAACGCUCUUCUGGCUUCUAUAGACAAGUUGGCAGAUAAUACCAAAGAACUUAAGAACACAUGGAUGCCAUUAGUGCAGGCACCACAAUAUCAUUCUAACGGCGACCAGCUGGAACAGAACGUGAAGAUAGUUCAUGCUACGCUUGACAAGUUAAGAAAAGCCUGUCAAAAUACUGAUGAUUGCAAAGAGGCAAAACCAGAUCAUUUACUUAAGAGCAUAUCUGCAGCGAAAGGAAAGAUAAGAGAAGUAGAAAAGCUAUUCUCAGAAGAUAACAUGGCUCAACGUGUUGAUAAAGCUAGAAAUCAGGGUGCUGAAACAAAUAACAAACCAGUUAUGGCGAGACGAAUUGAUCUUUCGCAGAAACUUGCGACACUGAAUGAAGCUAUUGCGCGUCUUUUACAAGCUAUGUUAGACCGCGAAACCCCUGACUAUAAAAGUGCUGAGAUCACUGUUGACGUUAUAUCGAAGCUGACUCCGGAAAUUGUUCAAGAAACAAUGGCUCUACAAAGCAAUUUAGACGACAAUUCUGGCAGAAUAAUGUUCGAAGAGGCUAAACAUAUUUGCGAUGCAAGCCAAGCUAUAUGUACAAGCGUAGAAGAUAAUAAUUUAGAGGACUUAAAUAAAGCUGCAAUAAAAUAUGCACAAUCGUCAAGAAAGUUGCGGUAUGUUGUCAGCCCGCGUUCUUAUCCAAAUAAGGAGAAAACUAUCUUGGAUAUUUCUCGUUCAGUGUGUGAAAGGACGUCGCUUAUGUUAUCUCGGGUGUCCCGCCUAGCGGAGAGUGUCGGCGGAAAUGAGGGAGAGAAUAUGGGCAUGUCUGGUGCCAAACUUGGUGAUGCUGCACAUGCAUUGUUCACUAACGCUCAGGUAUUAAGUUCAUCGAUAGAAGAUCAAAACUGCCAGACAGCUUUAUCAAGCUCAGCUGACAGACUCUCGAAAUUGGCUCAAGAUCUUGGAAUAUUUUGGAAACCAGUUAUACAGCAUCCGCAACAUCAUCAAAUUGGAGAACAACUAACAAGAGAUUUGAAUCUUUUAAAUUCUGAACUUGAUAGACUGAAAGAGAGCUGUCACGAUAAUUCAGAUAUCAACGACCAGAUAGAUGCUUCACAGCAGCAACAUGCGAGCGCGAAACCAAUGAAACCUCCAACAAAACCGAAACCACCGCCUCGUAUGGAAGAUCUCGAUAAUUUGUUAGAAAACAUUCAGAAAACCGUCGCAGCAGAUACAAAGAAAAAUAAAGUUGAAGAGCGCUUACUCAUAGAAGAUACCCCUCUCAGACAACUAGCUUCAAAGAUCAUGGAAUCUGCUAAGACAAAAGCAGAGUCAAAUAGCUAUUCUCCAAAAGAAAGAGAGAAAUAUUCACGUUUCGCGAACGAAUUGGCCAAUGCUAUAAGCAGACUCGAUAUCACUAACGCCAAAUGUCGAGAUGCACCAUUUGACGCGAAGGAUAAAAAUGAAAAAGCAUUACAAUUAGAGAACGCCAUAUUAAACUUACAAGUACUAUGUAUUCAGUCCCGACAAAAAGAAGGUCAACAGAGUAAUAUUGUUGAUUUAAUGGAAUUUGUCGAUGAUGUUACAUCUGCUGCUGAUGAUUUAGCAAAUACCGUAAAAGGAAUCAAACACAAUGAAAAAGUCGCAUUACUGGAAAUUAAAAAUAAAUGCCAAAAAAUAAAAGAUGCUGCAUCAAAACUUACAAACCCACAAGACAUAGGGAAUGAUGGAAAUAUGUUCGAAGAUACGCUCCUAAUAGAUCAAUUCACUAAGAAUUGUGAUGCUGAUACUAAAGAUAUUACUGCGAUAAUUAAUAAUAUUACUGAUGAACCUUUAAGGAAAAGUCUAUUGCAUAAGUUGCAAGCGUUGUCGGACAGCUGUGAUCUUCUGAGCUUUGCGACGAAAAGCAGUAUUUCUAACACUGAAAGCGCAACUCUCGAAGAAAGUUUGCAAAAUCUUGGACUUGUGGAACAAAAGAUUGAAGAUAUUUUAAAACCUGUCGAAGAACUUCAGCCUAUUCAAGACACUAAAGGAAAUCUUCACGCUAUACAAGCUGCGCAGUCAUCACUAGCCGCAGUAGUGGCAUCGGGAAAUGAGAAUGAACUACCACAUACAUUGACAUGCUAUGCCGUGCAUAUGCGAGGACUCGGUAAUCACAAAGAUGGAAAUUACAAACUGAAAGAACAUUUGAAAAAGCUCACUGACAUACUGAAGAUGCAAAUAGCUGCAAAGAAUAGACGCGUGGUGACGUGGCAAGAAUACAAUGAUGGAGAAGUAUCUACAAUCACUGAAAAGAUUUUAGAGGAGCUCCAAAGCUUUGUUCAAGACAUAGAAGCGUCAGAUAAAAGUGGAGUUAAAUCAAGCGAUCCUCUAAAGACUACUCAACUUAUAAAGAAUAGCGACAUUAAGCGAUUGCUUGCGCCAAACAAGACGCCGGAACUUGGCGAUGAAAAGUACUUAAAAGAAAAAUUCAAUCAGCAAAUACAAAAGCUAAACUCUACAACUGGGACCAUAGCGCUAAGUGUACACAAGCCGGAAUCACUCGCCAGGAGUCUUCAUACUGCAUCCGAGGCUGCUAUACAGUUAGCUUCAAUUGCACGUGGACUCAAAAAUCAGGAUCCUGUUCAAAGUAAGAGAAUAGAAGAAGCCACUCAGGAAAUGAGUGUUGCUACAUAUAAUCUUCUAAAGACUUCAGAAACUGUGUGUCAUUCUUCACAUCUGCCAGAAUCCAGGAGAAGACUAUUGGAUGCAUGUAGACUGCUCAAUGACUCUUUAAAUAAUCUAGCUCGAGCGACAACACCUGCAAAUAUGCAACGGGAUUGUAACGAAAUGUCCCGCAAUUUGCAACUGCAGCAGAGUUUCCUGACCUCCGAGCAUCCUUCUUGCUCGCUCAACUACGCCCAAUGUCUCGAUGCUUUACAGAGUCAACAAGAAAUUAUAGAAAAACUUCGAUCUGAAAAAGUAAUGUCACGAACAGAAUGCAGCAGUGAACUUCGUUUUGUUACAUCUGCAAUUUGCAACAGUACUGAAUACGCAACACAAAGUGCCUAUCUGUUGACACUGUCCAGUAUAGAUAAAGAAAAUGUUUCCAAACAAGGCAUGGUGGAUGUUCGUCGCAUCAAAGAUUUGGCGGAUUCGGUCAACAAAACGUGCCUACAGAUAAUUUGCAACGAUGGAGAGAAAGAGAUAAGCGAUCAACAAAGCGCUCUUAAAAAACAAGUAGAUCAAUUGCAAGAGGCUGUAGAUGACGCCUGUACCAAAAUAAAAGAUGAUGAAAAGGAAGAAUUGACGGCGAACGCUCAACAACUAAAGGCUGCGUUAAAAGAACUCAAUAAUGAGAUUAAGACACACGCUUUCGAACAUAAGGAGAAUCGAAUUUUACCAAAAACUAUGAAACUUAUGGAUGCAAUCAAUAAGCUGAACCACACAGUGGGAAGGAUUCCACAACCAAAUGUUGACAAGGAUCCGAAAAAAUCAGCCAUGGCGAAGGAGGUGAUUGAUAAUAACAGGAAUCUAAUAAGCAAUACAUCGAUGAUGUUGAAGAAGGUUUCUUUAUAUCAAGAGGACGCGAUAACAUGGUCGAAGAUCGGGAGCAUUGAUGUAAUUAAGGCCUUUGAAACACUACUAACUUGUAUCAGAGAGAAAGGCGCUGAAGCUGGGUACAUCGAAGCAAUAAAGUUGGAUUCUGAAGUACCUGUCAAGAGCUUUAUUCAAACACAAGUCGACUUAGCAUGCCAAUGGCUCCGAAGACCAGUGGUUAAGGAAAGCGACAAAAAAGCAGGAGUGGAAGGAGCAGAAAAUGUAGUUCAAAUGGCUGAACAGAUGUAUGAUGAUCUCAAAGGUCCUGAGAAAGAAGAGAUGAGGCAUGUGAUAAUGGAAACUAAGCAACUGAUAAACGAAUGUACUGUUAAAUAUAACAGCGACAAAGCGAGUCUUCUAAUGGAGCGACUGAAGGAACUUCGCAAGAUGCUAGAGCGCGGCGUCGUCACGCGGGUUGUUGAAGACUUCUUAGAAGAGGAACCUCUCGCCAACUUGGAAGCUUUGCAUAAGGAAAAUGACGAAAAGAAGCGUAAAUUCUUACUGGAGAAGAAGAUAGCAGAGCUUUUAGCCCAACUCGGUAGAGUCACUAAGACUGCUAGGUUUGUGGCUGACACCGGAGUUGCUCCAAGACAAGAACUAUUAAAAACUAGUGAUCAGGUGGAGCUUCUAGCCCCUGCACUGGUUAAAGCGGCAGAACAAAGGAUCCAUCGUCCAGAUGAUCAGGCAGCAAUAGAGCACUACCAAAAGUUGCUGGCGGAGUAUGCAGAUUCCUUGUCUAGGGUACGAGAGCUCUGCGACCGAGCUGUGGACCCAAUUGACUUCUCUCAGGCCGCUGGUGAAACAAUGCAUCGUAUUAAAGAAGAAUCUAUGGACGAUCCACACAAAAGCGUCCUUACUUCUAAAAUCAUUAUGAAGCUUUGCAAUAGAGUAAUAGAUGUGGGAAUAAAUUCCCAAAAUGUGAAGAACGAUCCAGAACUGAAGAAGACGCUUAUAGAUAUCAAGCGCGCGGUUGAUGCCAAAUGCGAAGUGAAGAAAGCCGACUGGAGAGAUGUUACUGCUGAGUUUAUGCGAAGGACCGGUGAGGUAGAGUCUGUACUGGGCGGGGAAAAUAUAUUCUUGAAGCAACCAGAACCCGAUCAGCCAAUUUAUGCGGCAGCGUUGGACCUACACGCGGCAGUACGAGAUUGGUCCGCGCGAGACAACGACAUAGUCGCUGUGGCGAAACGUAUGGCGGUCCUCAUGGCGAGACUCUCCGAACAUAUGAACACUGGUCGGAAGCAAGAAUUGAUAUACACAUCCAACUCUAUCGUCAAUGAAUCGAAAGAGGUCGCGGCUCUUGCGAAGAAAAUGGCUUUGGAGUGUUCCGACAUAAGGAUUAGAACUAAUCUUCUGCAAGUGUGCGACCGGAUUCCUACAAUCAGUGGGCAGUUGAAGAUGUUGACCACCGUCAAGAGUUCCUCUUUAGGUCACCAAGAUAGUACAGAAGACAAGGAAGCGAUGAACAUGCUAGUGGGCAACGCUCAAAACCUCAUGAUUAGCGUCCAAGAAGUCGUGAAAGCUGCCGCAAGUGCAUCAGUAAAGAUAAUGUCUCAAAGAGGAUAUAGGAUGAAGUGGAGAAGAAGAAACUAUUAU